GGUUGAAGUGACAAGCUGCAGCGAUCUUUGCCAGGAUGCUGUCGGCAAUCACGGUGGUUCAUGUCGUUGUCCUUGCAUGCUGCGUGCAGCUUGCAUAUGCGUCGUGGACAGGAGGUACUAAUGUACUUUACCAGCCCGACGACAUCUCCCUCAGCGAGAUUGACUCGUGCCGCGCCGAUUCACCGCUUCUGCUACUUGAACAGCAGCUUCCUCCACCCACGUAUAACGUGUCCUUGUACCUGGGCAAGGACAUCUCGUUCAACGAGUUCGUGUCUGCGAAGCCAGUGUUGUUCAAUGUCCUAUCAACCUUGACGUUGAGACCGCAGGCCAGCAUCGACGUCAUGGAGGUGCAUACAUCCGGCGCUGACGCUGACGCGCCGAGCACUGUCAUGAUCGAUCUGCAAUUCACCCUGGACGCCAAGUGGCGCUGCAUCUCCGGUACGACAUCCAGUGUGGUCGGGGAGAUUCAUGGCGGGUCGUCCGCCACCGACGCCCUCGUUGCAUGCGUCACAGCCUUCCCCGUCACAUGCUUGUCCCCUUGCCAAGUCGAACAGGCCAUGCCGUUGUCCGUGGAAAGCCAACGCGACGCCCUGUGGACCGCGUUGCACUCGUCCGCGGCAUCAACUUCGCCCAACAACAGCUCGCCUCUAUCUCUCGCCAGUCUCAAGCAGGCAGCGCACUUGUUCCCUUCGGCUAACGCCUCCGAUCCCAUCACAGUGCAUGCGACGCUGCCUAUUUCCUUCCCCCCGUUCCUGCGUCACCCGUACGUGACACUGCGUCUCACAGCCACGUGCCGACCAGACAUCGCCGUUCUCCGCAGCUCCGCUCGCCAGUGCAAUGGCAUCGACGCGCAACACGUGGCGUUCGCCCUUCUCGAAACGUUCCACGGCCACGUACCCCUCCGCCCCCAUACGUUUCGAGUGACGUUGACGGCUUCGUUGUCGGAGGUGGCGGUGGACUUUGCGGCGGCCACUGCGCGCACGCGCUCCGUCAUAAAUCAGUUUCUUCAACAAGCCAUGUCCCCCCUCCGCUCCCACCUGUCCCUCUCCAACCCAACGAUGACUCUGUUGGCCAUGUCGAUGGAUCCGUUAAGUUCUUGGCAGCCAUCUCCCCUGCCACCAAGUGCUCGACCAACUUGGCCAUGCUUUCUCAAUGUGACUCUGGGAUGCGCGUGGAAUGCAUCGACGUGGACCCGCGGGAUGCCGUUCCUCAUGGAAGCGUUUGAGUUUGCAUCGCUGCCUGCGCUGCUUCGAUUACACCCGACGUCUCGGUUGCCGCUGUAUGUGAAGGUCCCACCGCCGUCCGGUUUCCCAUUGUUGGCUAACACGACUAGAACCAGAACGCUGUUGUUUCCUCUGGAGGAUGUCGUGGAGAUGCAAGUAGAAGUGACGACGAUGGUCGAGAUGAGCACGCAGCUGGGGCUGGUCGAGUCGCCGCUGUCGUGUGCGUCGGCGCCUCAACUCACGCUGGUGCCGUCCCCAGCGGUGGGAGACAGUGCGGUCGUGGCGUUGGUGUACGUGGAGGUGCAAGUGCCGACGUUCGACUCGUUUUUAGCCCAUUGGGUCCAUCUAGCAGUCGUCUCGACGCUCGAGUACAUUGGCCUGUCCGCCGACGACAUUCAGUUGAUUCAAGUGGAUGUGCUCAACGAUGUGCUCAACGCUACGACGGUCCAAGUCUCUUUCGACGUCUCGUGUGUGACCCAAGCUCAAGUCGAUGGUGUUGGCGUAUUGCUGUCGUCACCGCGGUGGUUGAUUCAAUUGGAGAGAUGGGUAUUGACGCCCCAUAUCAACACUUCGGAAGUCCGCUGGCUCGUGUCGCCGCCGCCGCCGCCGUCCAUUUCGUUGCCGCCAUCCGAUACAUUUGGAUGCGACGUGCACACGACCUUCUUCCGCCGCCCUCUGAAAAAGUCAGAGUAUUUGGCUCUGACAUCCGAUAGUAACGACGUGGCGCGUCCGUCCGUACAUAUUCAGCUCUCGGCGCCAGAUUUUGCCCAAAAUGCCUUCUACCUCGAUCACAUGACGUAUCACAGCCCCGUGCACAUGUACUUGAACGACGUUGACCCUGUCGCACCGAUCGUGUCGGCGGCGGCCACUUCUUUCUGGACAUUUUACACUCCCUUGGGGGUAUUCGACUCACUCCAACUGUGUCUGCAUCUUCACCAAGUGUACUCAUCAGCCAAUACAACGCCCGUCACUCUGUGCGUCAACAGUGUCGCAGACGCCCAAGCCAUCCAGGUCUCUGUGAACGUCCGGCCUCCCCACAGUAUCGCAGCCACGUACCAACUCGUGGGGCUCUCCACGGUCGUGCUAACCUUGCGGAACCCCCCAGCCAUCCCCACCAACCAACUUGUACCUGUCCAUCCCGUGUGCGUGGCGUGCCAAGAACACUUUGAACGAUGUCGCAACCAACGCAUCUGUCGAGAUCUGGUCAUGCAAUGCCUCCAUGCGCACAUCUCAACCAGCGGCGGCGGCGGCGGCGGGCCGUCUGUGCCCUAUGGCUCGUCGUACUUUGAGGAGCUGGCAGCCGAUCCGUCAUUCAUUGGUGUGUCGAUCCAACCUGAGCUCGACACGUGUUUGCAAGCGUCGCUCGAGACGGCAGCGAAUGCAUCCAUGGCGGUGGACUACGUUGGCAAUGCAUAUGACCAAGAUAAGAGUGCGAUGACAAGGGAAGUGUAUGCCGCGUGGGGGGUAUACGUCCGUGGUCUCCAGUGUAUAGCUGUGAACCAGUGUCCAAUGGGAACCCUCGCAUUGCCCCAAACCACGUCGAUAUAUCCGAGCCUCGAGUUAUAUCCAUCCAUUGUCCAAGAUAUACUGUCAAAUGUGCAGCUGCCCACGACCGUCCACUUCAAAUCGCCGUGGACAUCCGAAACCACCCCAUUCUCGCUGCUUUCAACUGCAACGCAAAACGACUUGAUCGCGUUUAUCUUGUCUACGUAUUACGCUGACUCGGAGGUCGUGCCGACACUUGAGCUUGGAUUUUACCCUGGGAAUAAUACCUCACCGAUUACGACCUCGGUGGUGCUAUCAUAUACAUUAUCUCCGUGUCAGCCCCCGCCCCCGACGCUUCUGCAGGCCACGCGCAUCAUAUCCACGCCAGCCAACACCGUCAUCGUACCCACAACGUCGUGGCCAAAAGCUGCCGCCGACUCGGCUCAUUCUCCGCUGUUCGAGUACAUGACGUCAUUGGGCGUAUGCCCAGCUUACGACUUGACGGCGCCGCUCCAAAUCACGCCAAGCUUGGCGUACCUGGGCAAUAUCAACACGACGCUCGAGCCGGACAUCCCGCGCGUCCUCUCAGCCUUCUUCGUCCGCCACCUCUCGACGUGCGUCGGCUCCAUCUCUGGCGCCCAUGUGCAGAUGGAAAUCGACUCUGUCCUCCAAGACCGUCGGUGUGCCGCGUGGUUUGCUUUUGAUUGGGCAGGAGUGCGCUGGAAUGCAUCGGAUCGGAUGGCCGACGAGUACACGACCCGCGUGUGCCCCAUGUAUGCUACGGCGAGGCCGUGCUUCCACGAGACACUGCUACCUGCGCUGGACCGGUUGAUUGACCAAUCCGGUGGGUGCUGCGAUGACUUUGUGGCGGAAAUGCAAGCUCAGUUUGGGCAGGCCCCGACGUCAUUUGUUGCGGCGGGGGUGUCAAAAUGGAUGGACGUGCUGUGCUCGGCCACUUCCUGCGACAACGUUACGACUGUGACAACGUGCGGCGCCCGUGCAUUGCGUCAACUCGCCAGCCCUUGGAUUGAACAUGCACUUCAAGCGUUCCAAAUCAAGUCGUCGGAAGCGUGUGCUGCUGUCAUGGGGCAGCCGGUCGCGUCGAUUUCUGGCGCUUUGUACGAUGCCACGUGUCCGCUGGGGGGAUGUGCGCAGUAUUGGGACAUAUUUUUAUCAUGGAUUCAGUCAUUUCCGAUUUUAAAUACGUACCCCACUGAUGGGUUUCUAUUAUCGGAUUUAUUCCAAGACGACGGCGUCGAUGGGCCGCUUCUGCUCGGAUUUUGGAACGACAUGAUGUUGCGGUGGCAUGCCACUGGCAUCCAGUGGCCCCUCCUUCAGACGUGGACGUCGUGGUUCUACUCGAACGUGGAUUAUAUGCAUUCAAAUUGGCUAGUCGGGCGCAAGUUCCACAUCUCCACCAACUUUACGUCUGGUUGUGCGUUUGACUCGGACGUUUCUGUGACACUGUCAGCGUCUCAGUGGCAAUGCAUUUCUCCGCCUUUGACACCUUCCUUUAUGUUGGUGCGAGUUGUGGAUCGACUCACCAUACAUUGCUACACCGGCUCGUCUAGCUCUUCUCUCUGUACGACGUACGCAGACGUCGACACGUGUUAUAACGAUACUGUGCUUCCAAAUGUGACAUCGUUGUACAUGUGUGACACUGCGUCCCUUGCUAACCCUUGGUCCUGGUGCGGAUACACCCAGCGCCUGGUGGAUCGCACGACGUGGCACUGUGUAUCAACACCGCCAAAUUCGACGACGGGGCUACCUUCUAUCGUAGCGGUCCGCAUGAACAGCGACGAUGUCGAGUGUCUGCGACAAGGUGUGACCCAGUGCCAAGAGUUCGCGUCGAUGGCGGCGUGCGAGCUGGCCACUCAGCCAUACACUCCAUUGAGCCAGCAAAACCAAACCCUUCGAUGUGGCGUCUCCAUCGUUCAGUACUUGGGGCACCCAGGGUACUUUCAACCGUCGCACUGGUGCGCCUUAGCCGCUUCGUACUUUGGCCUGACUCUGUCGACGACGUGGCCGCCGUGGCACUGUAUCGCACACGUAGGCGACGACGUUUUGGCCGCCCGCGUCAACAAGGACAACGACGUCGAGUGCUGGAGCUCCAAUCGACACGAUUGCGCGUGGUUUCCGUCCAUGGCGGCAUGCCAGGCCGCCAAGGACGAUGCCGCCGCCGCCUUGCAAGUGGCGCCGCUGAGCUGCGGCCGCGUCCACAGUAUCAUGUGGAACACGCCGGGGUACGCAGACCCGGGCCACUGGUGCGCCAAAGUGGCCACUCGGUGGCAGCUGCAGCUAUAUGCGACACCGUUUGUGUGCGCGCCCGUGGCCAACCCGCCAGUGACAGUGUACGCCGUGAGAAGAAACGGCCGACGAGACGUCGAGUGUUAUGCUGGCGACAGCGUCGACGACGACCAAGUGGAUGGCGAAGGAUGCUAUGCGUUUCAAUCAGUUGAACAAUGUACUAGUAGGAUGAAUGUUCAAAGGAUGGAGGAGGUCCCUGUGACAAUGUGCGACUCGUACGCUACCUUGUCGCAGUGGUGUGUGACUGCGCAACAGACGAUCGACGCCCCGAGCUACGACAACCCCCCACCAGUGGGUCGAUGGAACGCUACGCGCGUGCUCCCUGUAUCUCAUAACGCCACGUCACACUGGAUCGAUCUCAACGACUGGCAUACGGCGGCGUUUGCCUAUGGAUGGUACGACGGAGUGUUUUGGAGGUUUAUGGGCGAUCUCUACCAAGGAACAUCGAUGCCAUCGUCCACUCCAUCACCCUCAGAAACGUACCCCGCGGACGGCCGGCGGCUAGACGAGGCGCCUCCUGAUUCCACCCCCGCACCAACUUCGGACUCGCCUGAUUCCACCCCUGCACCAACUUCGGAUUCGCCUGAUUCCACCCCCGCACCGACUUCUGAUUCGUCUGAUUCCACCCCUGCACCAACUUCGGAUUCGCCUGAUUCCACCCCCGCACCAACUUCGGAUUCGCCUGAUUCCACCCCCGCACCGGCUUCUGAUUCGUCUGAUUCCACCCCUGCACCAACUUCUGAUUCGCCUGAUUCCACCCCCGCACCGACGACGUUUGCCGUGCCAGCGUCCGUCGACUGGGGAUGGGAGAAGACGCGGUGUCUGCUCCACCUUCCGUCCGUGGGUACCCUUUUUUGUCGUGGCGUGGACUCGGCGUGGGAGUGGAACGCCGUCAUGGCGUGCAUUUCAUUCGACGCUGCCACCGGCGACAUCGUCGACCCGUUGGCGUACUAUGGGGACCUGGGACUGUGGUACCAAUACGUAUAUUAACAGCAAAAAUACUGUAACACGAGGUCCUCUUGCU